CUCCCAGCGGCCUGUGCGAAGGACAACACUUUUACAGAGUUUAGUCAUAAACCUAUCUUGGUAGUUGUAGUCAGACUGUUUCCUUGUAGCCUUCAUGAGGCGGAUUCUGCUCAGCAGAGGGAAGUAGAAAUGAAAAUAGGGGCCAGGAUUGUGUGAAUUUCUGGAAAUAUGUCCAAGAAAAGGGGCAGAAAGCGUAGCAGCGGCGAGCUGAGUGAGAGUUCGGGUUUGUCUCUGUCGUCGACCCUAGACCCUAACAACCUGCUGGGCCUGCGGAUUGAGCACAAUUGGAGGGAGAAGGGCAACCUCACCAAGUGGAAAGGCACAGUGCUGGAGCGCCUCACCGUCAACACCUCCCUGUACAUGGUCAAAUACGACGGCUUCGACUGCGUCUAUGGCAUCGAGCUGUUCAAAGACGAGCGGGUGUCCAACCUGCAGGUUUUAACAGAGAAAGUCGUAAACAACAAGAUCAAGGUGCCCCACGAUGCGCCAGAGUUGGUGGGCAAGGCUGUGGAGCACCUGUUUGAGAAGGAGGACGGUGAGAAGAAUGAGUGGAGGGGCAUGGUGCUAUCUCGCGCCCCCAUCAUGACCAACUGGUACUACAUCACCUAUGAGAAGGACCCUGUGCUCUACAUGUACCAGCUCUGGGACGACUAUAAGGACGGAGACCUCCGCAUCCUCCCUGAAGCUGAGAACAAACACCUGCUGCCUGCGGACAGGAAGCCAGGCGAGGAGACAGAGAGCCUUGUGGGUAAGCAGGUGGAGUACGUCACUGAUAAGGGCGUGAAGAGGACUGGGCUGGUUAUCUACCAGGUUCCCGCCAAACCCUCCGUCUACUACAUCAAAUACGACGACGACUUCCACAUCCACGUUUAUGACCUGGUCAAAACCACCUAGAAUACAACUUGACCUGGUCAAAAACACCUAGAAUACAACUAGACCUUGUCAAAACCACCUAGAAUACAACUUGACCUUGUCAAAACCACCUAGAAUACAACUUGACCUUGUCAAAACCACCUAGAAUACAACUUGACCUUGUCAAAACCACCUAGAAUACAACUUGACCUUGUCAAAACCACCUAGAAUACAACUAGACCUUGUCAAAACCACCUAGAAUACAACUAGACCUUGUCGAAACCAGCUAGAAUACAACUUGACCUUGUCAAAACCACUUAGAAUACAACUCGACCUUGUCAAAACCACUUAGAAUACAACUCGACCUGGUCAAAACCACUUAGAAUACAACUCGACCUGGUCAAAACCACUUAGAAUACAACUAGACCUUGUCAAAACCACCUAGAAUACAACUAGACCUUGUCAAAACCACCUAGAAUACAACUAGACCUUGUCAAAACCACCUAAAAUACAAAUUAGACCCGGUCAAAACCACCUAGAAUACAAAUUAGACCCGGUCAAAACCACCUAGAAUACAAAUUAGACCCGGUCAAAACCACCUAGAAUACAAAUUAGACCCGGUCAAAACCACCUAGAAUACAAAUUAGACCCGGUCAAAACCACCUAGAAUACAAAUUAGACCCGGUCAAAACCACCUAGAAUACAAAUUAGACCCGGUCAAAACCACCUAGAAUACAAAUUAGACCCGGUCAAAACCACCUAGAAUACAAAUUAGACCCGGUCAAAACCACCUAGAAUACAAAUUAGACCCGGUCAAAACCACCUAGAAUACAAAUUAGACCCGGUCAAAACCACCUAGAAUACAAAUUAGACCCGGUCAAAACCACCUAGAAUACAAAUUAGACCCGGUCAAAACCACCUAGAAUACAAAUUAGACCCGGUCAAAACCACCUAGAAUACAAAUUAGACCCGGUCAAAACCACCUAGAAUACAAAUUAGACCCGGUCAAAACCACCUAGAAUACAAAUUAGACCCGGUCAAAACCACCUAGAAUACAAAUUAGACCCGGUCAAAACCACCUAGAAUACAAAUUAGACCCGGUCAAAACCACCUAGAAUACAAAUUAGACCCGGUCAAAACCACCUAGAAUACAAAUUAGACCCGGUCAAAACCACCUAGAAUACAAAUUAGACCCGGUCAAAACCACCUAGAAUACAAAUUAGACCCGGUCAAAACCACCUAGAAUACAAAUUAGACCCGGUCAAAACCACCUAGAAUACAAAUUAGACCCGGUCAAAACCACCUAGAAUACAAAUUAGACCCGGUCAAAACCACCUAGAAUACAAAUUAGACCCGGUCAAAACCAC